GUGUGUACGUAUGUAUGUCUGUAUGUAUAAGUGCACGUCGUGUGUGAAUGCUGAUUUAAAAACAAAGCGCUACUGGACCGCUGGGGGGAGAAAUAAAAUUGCAAAAAAUAUGCAUAUUAAUAAAAAAAAAGUGAAUAGAAGCAACGCCAUAGAGUGUAAUGAGUGUAAUGCUAAUGAUCGUUGAAACAAAAGCGCUUAAGCUUUGCACUUUGUAUGCCACAACCGCCAGUCAUAGUCAGAUGAUCAGCAUCGAUCGCUCGUUUGAGUGUUAAUUGCUUUUGUAGAGAGUUCGGCAUUCGAUUUAAGCUUAAAAAAUCAGUGCAAAUAUUGAUAAUCGGCUUAAAAAAUAUUGAUAACCGGAAGAUCACGCGAAUGUGAACGCGAUCAGCCGAAAUCUCAAAUCUCCAAAACAAAUAAAAUUUAAUGCUUAAAUUAAUUAAGAAUUAAAAUAUUUUAAUAUUCUUACAAACAACCCUUGGCAUCACCCUAAACUAAGCUUCUAGCAGCGGUUUAGUGCUUAGUGAUCAGCUGCGUAGCUAGUGAUCGUGGCAGUCAUCGGCCCCCAGCGUCGGGCAACACGCUUCAAUUGAAUUAUGCGCCAAAGCAUCCAACCAUCAGGCUCGUAAUAGAUCAUUAUAGACAAUUUGUGGCGUAAUUUUCAACUAUAAACUACAACAACAAAGCUAACAACAAGUAUUGUCGUGCCAACUGCAUUUUACUUAGCAUCUUGUUCUUUGCACUGCGCUCCACGCUUGUUUAAUUGAAGUGUUGAGAUAAGUGUGAAGUGUGCUUAGAACUCUCGCGCCCUCACUGCGACACACUCAACCGAAAACACAUAUAAAGGCGACGUUCAACAUAAGUACAAACGCCACCGCCUAUUUAUCAGUCGCCGCUGUCACGGUUCUCCAAGCAUCCGACAGCUUACUUUUAUAACCAGCAGCAUCCACGCUUCAAGCGAUAAACAGCACGAGCUACUUCGACCGCCACCCUCGUCGUCGCCUUGUGUCAGCUUCCAAUUUCAUCAGCGCCUGUCCACUCGGCUGAUUUGCUGUAUAAAUCUUUAUAAUUGCUUGGCGAUCGCGCACCAGAAGUUUGAAUGCUCCAUCGCCAUUCCAACAAUUUGGACCAUGUGGACGAAUAAUGAAAAAUCAAGCAAUGGUUAUGCAAAUUCAGGAUCCCGCCAGUCAACGUCUGACCUGGUACAAGCCACCGCUCACCGUGCUCGUCAUAAAGAAAGUGCGUGACUCAACGGUGCUGGCACCCUUCGUACAGCUGGUCGAAUGGCUGGUGCAGGAGAAGCACAUGGUCGUUUGGGUCGAGUCGGCGGUGCUCGAUGACCCGCUACUAAUAGAGGAUAAGAAAUUCAAGAAUAUCAAAGAGAAAUUAGUGACAUUCAAAGAUGGCCGUGAUGAUCUAACUGAUCGUAUUGAUUUCAUAGUUUGUCUCGGCGGCGACGGCACACUGCUGUACGCUUCAUUGCUGUUCCAGCAAUCGGUGCCACCAGUGAUGGCAUUCCAUUUGGGUUCGCUUGGUUUUCUCACACCAUUCGAAUUCGAGAAUUUCCAGGAGCAAGUGACCAACGUGCUGGAGGGUCAUGCUGCGCUCACGCUGCGCAGUCGCUUGCGUUGUGUCAUAUACAGAAAGAACGAUCGCCGCAAGGAAUCGGAGAGCGAUUCGGCGAAUCAAAUAACAAAGAAUGCAUACAAUUACCAAACGGAUGGCAGUGAUGGCACAAAUAAGUGUGGCAGCCGUGGUUCAACGAAUAUAUUGGUGCUCAACGAAGUCGUCAUCGAUCGUGGGCCCUCACCGUACCUGAGCAAUAUCGAUCUCUUUUUGGAUGGCAAAUACAUCACGUCGGUGCAGGGUGACGGUUUGAUUGUGUCCACGCCCACCGGCAGUACCGCCUAUGCCGUGGCGGCUGGCGCCUCGAUGAUACAUCCCUCGGUGCCGGCGAUAAUGGUGACACCCAUCUGCCCGCACUCGCUGAGCUUUCGACCGAUUGUGGUGCCCGCCGGCGUGGAGUUGAAGAUCAGCAUCUCGCCGGACAGCCGCAACACUUCGUGGGUCUCCUUCGACGGCCGCAAUCGGCAGGAGCUGCUGCACGGCGAUUGCCUGCGCGUGACCACCUCCAUCUAUCCGGUACCCAGCAUAUGCGCACAAGAUCAAAUUUCCGACUGGUUCGACUCGCUGGCGGAGUGCCUGCACUGGAAUGUGCGCAAGAAGCAGAAAUGCCUCGACGAGCUGAGCGACCUGACCGCCUCCGGUUCGGAAGACACGCUCGACGAUUUGGAUCGUGUCAACGACACGUUACUCGACAGUGGCUUACAGUGAUUGUGUGUGGUGGUUUUCAACUUUUCCGACGAUGAAUUAAGUAUGGGCGAGUGUAAGCGUAAAUAAUGAAAUUUGGCGCUGCGCAACUGUGGCACAGCGGUGUCACGCCGCUUCGGCGCAUAGGCAUUAUAUUAUGAAAGAGCAAUGUUGUGUAGAGUUUGGGCGUAAGCUUUUGUUUGGAAGCGCGCACAUUUUGUUUGAUUUGUGCUUUAGCUUUAGCGACAUUUUUUAUUAGUGUAUGAAAGAGUCGAGUCGGUGGGUAAUGUUAAUAUGGCAGUUGUAAGAAAUUAUGAACAAAUCUGUUGCAGAAAUUAGUAUAGCAUAAUUUUGUUAAAUGAUUUAUGUAAUACAAAUGAAAUAAAUGACAAGUUAAAUGUGAUGUGAAAUUGAAGCAAAUAAAAUGAAAUGAAAGUGUUUAUAAAUAAUUAU